GCAUGUGUCAAAGUGACAUAAUGAGAAAAAGCUUUAAAGGCUCCAGGAGCGUCACAUCACGUCUGAAUCUGUGGUGUGGACUGAUUCAUUAAGAGCGUUCAUUGCAUCUAGUGACCAUGACGUUGACAGCUGGUCUGAGUAACCUUGUGUUAGUGGUCUACGGAUUCACACUGAUCACAGGCCUUCCCGCCAACAUCUUGGCUUUCUACACCUUCUUUAAGAAGGUCCGCCAGCGCUCCACCCCGAUGGACGUGCUGUUACUCAGUUUAACCAUCUCUGACCUGAUCUUCCUCUUCUUCCUGCCGUUUCGCAUGGUGGAGGUGGCCAACAUGAAAUGGACAAUGCCUUACUUCCUCUGCCCGCUGUCGAGAUUCAUCUUUUACUCGGUCAUCGCCAACAGCGUCCUUCACCUGACGGCCAUCAGCGUGGAGCGCUUCCUGGGUGUGGCUUUCCCCAUUAAAUACAAGCUCAAACGCAACCCCAGAAGUGCAGGGAUAGCCUGCAUCAUAUUCUCGGUGGUGUCAAUGGGACACUGCAGUAUCGUCUACAUCAUGCAAUACCACAACUAUUUCAACCCCAACAUCACUGAUCCAUCCAAACGUAACACCUGCUAUGAAGAAUUCACUGAUGAACAACUGAAGAUCCUCCUACCUUUUCGUCUGGAGCUUUCUGUUGUCUUCUUCUGCAUCCCUUUCAUCAUCUGCUGCUUCUGCUACAUCCAAUGCAUCCGCAUACUUUCCCGGCUAUCCAAUGUCAACGUCAGGAAGCGGUAUAGAGCCAUCGGGAUGGCGUUGGGCACACUUCUGGUCUUCAUUAUCUGUUUCAUGCCCUUCAACAUCUCACAUUGGGAGGGAUUCAUAAGCGGCCAAAGCUCUGAAUGGAGACAACCUGCUUUACUCACCAGCACGCUGAAUGCAUGUCUCGACCCUUUCAUUUUCUACUUCUCUUCUUCCGCACUCAGAGGGACUUUCAAGAAGGUGUUGCAGGGGCUGGCAGCACGUUUUCUCCUUCCUUGCUGCCGCUCAGCUCUCUACUGCCCAUUAUUCAACCGUGGGAAACUAGACGAGCGAACGCAGAGCACUGAUGACAGCAUACGCUAACAUUUCAAGUCAGUUUUUGCAUUGAAUAAUCUGCCUGCAUGUGCAUCAUCAAUACAUAUGAUUCAGCCCAAAGCCGAUUGAUAAUAAUAAUUCUGAUGCACCACCAUGACCCAAUGCUUUAUGGAUAGACGACCAGCAUAGAAAUGGUUCCAGCAUUAUUGCAUGACUAUUUAACCUGAACCUUUGCAGCAGCUGUUUCGUACACAAUGAAAUGAAGAGUCUGAGUGUACAAACUGCAGUGCAAAAAGCAAUUGUAUCCGAACUAAUAUGCAGCAUUGACUACCAGCAAUGCUAUAAAUAUAAUCAAAACAACUUUGUAAAACAAAGUUUUGUUGGUACUAACAUUUUAAUAAAAGAAACUCAAAAUUA